AUGAAGUUCACAAUUUUCAAAGUUUUUUUCUUUGGGGUAUUUUUGUCUGAGGUGCUAGGAACGAAGAAUCUGAGGGAUAACACAACAUCUCUGCUGAAAAAAUGCCCAGAGAAUCAAUGCCUGGUAAGAGAAAUACGAGAGUACCUGAGUGUAAUGUAUCGCCUGAAAUCUCGUAAGUGGUUCAGUUUGGUUUCAUACAGGUCAUCUCGAACUUCUUGUAACGCGCAAAUUAUGCUACCUAAAAUAAAAUCUGAGUGUGAAAGUAAUUUAUUGCGCACAAUUAACCCAGAUUUCUCAAGCAACACCAAACGUGAGAAACAUAUCUGAAUCUUUAUCAGUAAACAUUUCAAUCAAUUAGAUGAGUUCGUGUUUCUGUUAUGAACAGUCAUGCAGUGAAUUUUCGCCCCAAAGUAAUUUAAUAUCAUGUUUCAAUUUUUGUGUGCCAUCACAAAGAAGAGUAUCAUGCUAAAUGGCGAAUACUCGGACGUUCUCUACAUGUCCCUAACUAGAUAUGACGAUGAAUUUUGUCUAUUCGAACGACUUGCUUUGCUUCUUUGGUUUUAUAUCUUGUUGAUAAUGUUUGCCUCUUGAACGUUUUAAGACUGAAGCCAUUGUUUGUCUCUCUGGAAGCAAACCCAGGGGAAAGGGAAAUUCAUGUAAGAGAUGACGUAAACUUUAACCUAUAAACAAUGUACAAAGACCACAAAAGGAGGAAACUAGGUUUACAGUAAGUUAAUGUCAAGGAGAUGUUCACUUCUACAUGUGCGUAUGCUAUUUUUGCUGCUUGUGUCUUACAGUAAAAGCUGUUCUUCAAAUUCAAAACAAGAAAACUUAAAACCCAUACAAACGCGUUGAAACGUGUAUGAUGUGGAAAAUUACUCUCAAAAAUGAAUGCGUCCAAUGCACCUCCACAAGCGUGUAUGUUCACAAUUUUUCACAGUCUGUGCAAAAAAAGCUUCGGAAGGUGCGCACGUGUAGCACAAAAACACUUCGCUCCUAUGGAAUUCAAGAGCCAGCACAUUUGGUUUUCUUUACCUGAUAAGCGAUUGAUAAGCGACUGAUUUUCAGAUACUUUAUUUACAAGCGUUAUGCACUCACCAUUCGUGGCUUUCUUGAUUGAAGCGACGCGGCGCACAAACUCUUGAUACUCUUCAAAAUGGUCAGGGCUUGAUUUAAACCAGCAGGGUCAUAAGCCCUAUCAUUAAUGUCACCCUCCAUCGAGGCCUGAAAUCCGAAGAAUCAGACCACGAAAUUGAAUUGCUCUCAUUUGACUUACUAUCCGCCGUAUUUACUUUGCUGAGUGUGCACACGCGUGACGUAUCAGGUCACAUGGUCAAAUUCGAAGCUUUUAAGGCGAAUAACUCACGAAGCUGUAUUUAGGACAGUUUUCAGAGCGAAAAAAGGCACGAUGACGUGUCACCUGAGGCCUUAAGACAGUAUUCCGAAAAAGCGAAAAUUAGCUGUCAGUUGCCUUUUUAAAAUUCUUAAGUAUGACCAAGCUAUGGAAGAUGUUCCAUACGCAAUCAAUUCAAAACUUGUCACUGAUGCACCUUUAUCAAUAAGCGAACAUACAAACAAAUAAAGGAAAGAUACACAUCACUUUCAAAAUACUUAGUCGAUAGCCUUAUGAAAAGAGUGCAGAAUACUCAUGAGAGUGUUGCAUAAAGAUCCCUUUAACCUCAGUCUUAUUUUUAAAUAUCUUUUUCUACAGGCAAUAGCGACAGAUUGAAAGUUUUGGAAGACGAGGUUAGUAGUCACUACUAGAUAACUAAAAUUCCUUUCAAGUUGCGUCGCUACACCUUCCAAAAUAUUUGAGAACUAGAGCAUAAGUUCAUAGAGCAUAAGAGAAGUUUGAGACAUUUUGCAUUUGUUAGUCGGAAAUCUAUGAAUAGGCUCAAAACCUUCUCUUCAAUUCUCAAGUUACAAUUUCGACCUUUGAGCAUAUAAGAAAAAAACCUCCUUGUCGGUACCUGGCUCGGUUCCACUUAGCGUUCCAGAUUAGCUUUUAUAGCGAUUUCAUCAAACGUUUUACUUUUCACUCGCUUUUUAGCUUUUAUUCAAAGUUUUGUAGGGAGGUGCGCAUGGCGAAAAAGUUUGCUUAAAUGCUAUUGCUAAAUUUAUGCUGACAUGAUGGUAGAAGGCAAAAGGAGCAACGACAAAAAACGCCUUGAGUAUAGUUUAUGUAUUUCAAGCAGUAAAUUAGCAAAUUAAACUUCUAGAUCCAUAGAAUUUGUUAUUUUAUUUUCCGUUGUGUUUUUAUUAAAGUUCGUUGCUUCUCUGAAUCCUGCCAGGUCGAAAAACUGAAAGGUUUACUUCAGAAGGCAGGAAAACCUAACGGCUUCGCCUUGCUCGACAGUACCGGCCAUCUGCCCCAGAAACUCCUCGUGGCGGGUUACGACAAAUACUCCAUGUACGACUUGGGGUGGUAG